AUGUCCCUGGGUACCGAUCCUGCAGUGUGCGUCAUUAUUGAGAUCCUUGGACCCAGGCAAUCUACUGAAGACAUCACGCCAACAUCGGGCCGCAUAGCAUGGGACACCGUCUCGCAGCUGAGGCUCAAGGCGCUCGGUACUCUGCUGAUGGAGCUGGUCAAUGGCGAGAUCGACUUCGCCAACUGCGCUCUCACCGGCCGUGCAGAAUCAUAA